AUGAUGUCCUCAACUAACGAGGAGGACCCCUUCCUCCAAGUACAACAAGACGUCCUCUCCCAGCUCUCCUCAACCCGCCAACUCUUCACCUCCUACCUCCGCAUUCUCUCCCUCACAACAACCACCCACGCCGCCUCCCCCACCCCCGAACUUAAAUCCGCCCUCUCCGACCUCGAAUCCUCCCUCGCCUCCUUAUCCGAAGAUGUUACCGACCUCUCCGACGCCGUGGCAGCCGCCGAGUCGGCCCCCGACCGCUUCGGGCUUAGCCAGGCCGAGGUCGAUCGGCGACGACGGACGGUGCAAGAAGUACGCGGGGAGAUAGACGAUAUGAAGGAGGAGAUUCUAAAGGGAGGGGCGAGGAAAAACACCUCGCGCGGGAAGGCGCCAGCCGAUGAUUCGAUAUUACCCGAUCCUAAUAAGUUUGGGCUAGGGGAUGAGGGGGAAGAGGACGAGGAUCAUUACGCCGAGUUUGAGCAGAGGCAGCAGAUGCACAUGCUCCGGGAGCAAGACACGCAUCUCGACGGUGUUUUCCAGACGGUGGGGAACUUGAGGAGACAGGCGGAUGAUAUGGGGAGGGAGCUGGAGGAGCAAAGUCAUAUGCUUGACGUGGUGGAUGAGAUGGCGGAUCGCGUGGGCGGGAGGUUGCAGACGGGGAUGCAGAAGCUGCAGUUUAUUAUGCGGAGGAAUGAGGAUACGUUGAGUAGUUGCUGUAUUGCUGUGUUGAUCUUUGCGUUGAUUCUGUUGCUUGUUUUGCUGGUGGUGUUAUAG